AUGGGCUUGAGCAGGUGGUUGGUUGUUGUGGUAGUUAUAGUGAUGAUGGGUACUGCAACUACUGCAACACUUUAUGAGAUUGGGGACAGUGCAGGCUGGGCUGUUCCACCGAAGAACGCCUGCUACGCCAUCUGGGCUACCAAAAAGACAUUCUUUCUUGGUGAUUCUCUUGACGUUGUUGAAGUGACAGAAGACAAAUACAAUAACUGCAGUACCACUACUCCCAUCGGUGCCAUAAAAAAAACCAGCCCCGCAAAUUUCACCCUCACUUCCAACGCUACCCGCUAUUUCAUCUGCACCGUUGAUAACCACUGCAAACUUGGCCAGAAGGUGACCAUCAGAAUUGGAGAGGAGACGGCCUCUGCUUCAUCUCUGAGAGUUGAUGCCUUGUCUGCAGUUCUCUACGGUGCCAUAGCCAUCUCUUUCUUUACAUUUUUCUGA